GCUGGUUGCACAGUUCAGUUCAAUGUACGGUGUUCCCGUUAUGACGACCUGUCUUGAUCCCGUGGAACAGUUUGCUGCAUCGGUGUACACGAAGGUCAUAUUCACGCAAGUCAAAAAGGAGAUUGAUUCUAUCUCGGUCGUUAACUUCGUAAUCAAACGACGGGUCUCAACAACCAUGGUGUACAUGGUUGAGGAGUAUGGAUUCCCCGGUCAAAAUGUGGUGGCAUUGUACGAUCCAAAAAGAGGGAGGUUGGUCUGUCGAUGUGGAUUUUGGGAGAAAGAAGGUUUUCCUUGCAGGCAUAUGUUUUUUGUCAUGAAGCACGAGCACCUAAAAAGAAUUCCCGAGCGGUUGAUUUUGAGUCGAUGGAGGAAGGAUGUGAAGACAGUCAACGAAUACACUGAGAAGACGGUACUAGCUGAUGAGCAGGGUUUCUUGUUGAGACAUGGAGCCCUGCAUGCUGCUUCGCAGUGGAUUUUGUUCGUCGGAUCUAAAAACGACAAUCUGUACAAGAAAUGCAUGAGCAGAAUCAGGCAGAUAUGCUGUGAUCUACAAGUACGCAGCGACAAUGACACGAUGGAUAAGAGUCCGAAUGCCGCCUGCGAUGUUCGAGAUCCAACUGUUGUGCGCACCAAAGGGGGACCCAGCACACGUGGACACAAAGGUAGAAAAAGGAAGUGCACGAGAUGCAGGAAAAUUGGGCACACAAAGAGGAGGUGCACUGAGCCACAAAAAAUCUCAACCUCGACAAAAUAUAAACAGUGUCCCACCAAGGAAAUGACACUAAGCAAAGUUGAGGCUGUUUUGCCGAACUUUAACCUGCACGCUGAUCAAGACAAAUGGUUAGAAGAGGGAGACGAUUGUGGCAUGAAGCAGGAUGCCGGAGCUUACGAGGGAUGGGACCAUGUAAUAGGCACAGCGCAAAGCCAAACCAGGAACAUCGGCGGAGUGGGUAACACCGUGGACUGGAAUAUAGAGGUGUUGGAGAUAUUGCGGUUGUUACAAGAUCGCUGCUGAAAGUAUUGACCACACGGUGUUCUUUGAUGAAGGAAAAUUUUUUAUACGUUACCAAGUGUAUAAGGGUCCUAAAUUUCCUUGGUUUGUAUUUCGUUAAUCUGGCUGAUGCUCGGAAUCGUGCAGCUGCAUCCAAGUUAGCAUGAAAAGUAAAUUUUCUCGUUGUUAUACCUCCAUAUAUUGGAUGAAAUAGUUUUGCAGUUGAAGGCAAAUUCAAAGACAGCAACAGACCUAUUUGUUAUCCAUGCAAUUUAUAAAUUUAGUUCCAUUUACCUGUUCCAACUUUUGCUUGCAUUUUAACGAUAAAGAAAUAUCAGAUGAUAUAGAAUCUCUCGGGUCUAUGAAUUUGUAUCUCCAGGGAAUGCAUUGCAACUUAACGCGUUGAGAGAAAUAAAAGUUUUCACAGAUUUGUUAUUAACCACGAACACGCAAGCACUGAUUUUGACGUCGCCCACUUGGAAUAUUAAAAUUUGCCUUUC